UUCUGGUUCAUUCAAGAGAGUAAUGGGAUUUACGUUGAUCUAAGGACUGAUCCGGAGUAUUCAGGUCGUGUGGAGUAUCUCUGUGGAAACAACAAGUGCACUCUGAGAAUCUCUAACCUGAGAGAGAGCGACUCAGCUGUGUACAAGUUCAGGUUCACAACAAACCAACCUACUGGGAGUUUAACUGGUUCAGCUGGAGUCACUCUGUCUGUCACAGAUUUGCAUGUGCAGGUGAGCAGAUCAGUGAAGUAUGACUCUAAUAACUACAUGCAUGCAGAGCUCAGGUGUCAGAGCAGUUGUCGUCUUCCUGAUCAUCUGAACUACGUCUGGUACAAGAAUCAACACAAGAAGAAGGAAGGAGCAUCUUAUUCAGAUACUUUUUAUUCUGCAGACAGUGUUUCCUGUGCUGUUAAAGGACACGAGGAUUUCCGCUCUCCGUCAAUGUAUGCUCCAAAGGUUCCCUCUGUGUCAGUGAGUCCCUCUGGUGAGAUCAUGGAGGGCAGCUCAGUGACUCUGACCUGCAGCAGUGAUGCUAACCCAGCAGCUAAAUACACCUGGUACAAGAGAAGUGGAGAUAAAAUUCAACCUCUCAGUGAAGAGACACAAUUUGUCCUCAGCUCCAUCCGGUCGUCAGACUCUGGAGAGUAUUACUGCACAGCUGAGAAUGAGCUGGGAAGGAGUUCAGCAAACAUCUUUAUUACUGUGACAUACGCUCCAAAGCCUCCCUCUGUGUCAGUGAGUCCCUCUGGUGAGAUCAUGGAGGGCAGCUCGGUGACUCUGACCUGCAGCAGUGAUGCUAACCCAGCAGCUAAUUACACCUGGUACAAGGAGAACCGAACUCUGCUUCAAGGACCAGAGGGCGUUUAUCGUCUCUCCUCCAUCAGCUCUGGGGACAGCGGGGUCUACUCCUGCAAGUCUGAGAAUCAGUACGGACGGAUCAACUCCACGUCUCUACACUUAGACGUCCAGUAUGCUCCAAAGGUUCCCUCUGUGUCAGUGAGUCCCUCUGGUGAGAUCAUGGAGGGCAGCUCAGUGACUCUGACCUGCAGCAGUGAUGCUAACCCAGCAGCUAAAUACACCUGGUACAAGAGAAGUGGAGAUAAACAAGUUCAACCUCUCAGUGAAGAGACACAAUUUGUCCUCAGCUCCAUCCGGUCGUCAGACUCUGGAGAGUAUUACUGCACAGCUGAGAAUGAGCUGGGAAGGAGUUCAGCAAACAUCUUUAUUACUGUGACAUACGCUCCAAAGCCUCCCUCUGUGUCAGUGAGUCCCUCUGGUGAGAUCAUGGAGGGCAGCUCGGUGACUCUGACCUGCAGCAGUGAUGCUAACCCAGCAGCUAAUUACACCUGGUCCAAGGAGGACGAGGACUCACCAAAAGAAUCAGGACAAAUCUUCACCAUCACUAAUAUCACAGCUGAACAUGGUGGAAAGUAUCAGUGUGAGGCCCAGAACACA